AUGAGAUCAUUAACUGAAGAAGAAACUAAAGUUGUAUUUGAAAAACUAGCUAACUAUAUAGGUAGAAAUAUUACUUUUCUUAUAGAUAAUCCAGAAAGUCCGUAUGUUUUUAGAUUACAAAAAGAUAGAGUAUAUUAUGUUUCAGAACAAAUUGCAAAAUUUGCAACGUCAGUAUCAAGAUCAAAUUUGAUGAGUCUUGGGACUUGUUUUGGUAAAUUUACAAAAACUGGGAAAUUCAAAUUACAUAUAACUUCAUUAAAUUACCUUUCACAAUAUGCAAAAUUUAAAAUUUGGAUUAAAACAAAUGGUGAAAUGCCAUUUUUAUAUGGUAAUCAUGUAUUAAAAGCUCAUAUAGGUAAAAUGUCAGAUGAUAUACCUGAACAUGCUGGUGUUAUUAUAUAUUCAAUGAAUGAUGUGCCUUUAGGUUUUGGUGUAAGUGCAAAAUCAACACAAGAAGCGAGAAAUUUACCACCAACAGGUAUAGUUGCAUUUAGACAGGGUGAUAUAGGCGAAUAUUUGAGAGAAGAAGAUACGUUAUUUACAUAG